UGGUGGGGCAUCAUUCAUUCCUUGCCCCUCUCAAAUACUACUUGAAACUGCAGUGCCAAAGGGACACUGCAAUCUACUACUUACUUGGCCGGUCUAUCUCUGCCUUUAAAAUAGGAUGUUGUAGAGUGUUGAGAAAGUUCAUGUGCGUCCCCCCUCUGAAAUCCAGUACAUAAAGUGUGUCCUUAUAGCUGAGGUUAUUCGAUCCAAGCCGUGAUCCCGAUAAGCAUCUCCACUUCGACCUCUUUUUCAGCUGCCCUGCUCAACUCUACGUCAGGUGGCAAAAGAUUUCCUUUCCACGACAAGAUGUCAAGAUAUCUGAGGCAGUACGAGAAGGAACACAUGAAGAUGGCCAUGCUGAAGCAAGAAGAGACAUUCAAACAGCAGGUUCAGGAACUGCACCGGCUGUACCGAGUUCAGCAGCUACUGAUGACUGGAAUGUCAAAUGCAGCGCACAGCGUCAGAUAUAAACCUGACGGUGAGCGGCAAGCACGGGGGAACGAGGCUGGCUCAAGCAGGUCAUGGGACUCGGAGAGGAAGAAAGGUCCACCUCCCACAGUUAUCGAAGAGGGCGACCUAGAUCUCACGCUGGCGAUCGGAAGCUUGGUAGAGAUGAAGAGCACGAAAAAGGAUACGUCGUCAAGCUUAGAUUCCAGGACGAGCAUUUCUUCGUCCUCCACGGAUUCCGGUAGCACGGACUGCAGGGUGCUGCCUCCUCAUCCAUCUCAGCUUGGGUCGUCGGUGGUUAAGGCUACUGCUGUGAACGUCGGCCAGCAUAUCGAGCAAGAAGGGGUAAAGCAGCCUCCUUGGCUUCACCAGUGUCUGAAUUUGGCACGAUAAGAUUUCCAAGAUUUCACUUGCUGUAUCUCUCUUUCUCUCUCUCUUCUCCCGUCUUUUUUUUUCUUGCGAUGAACAUGUCAUUCAUGUAUCUAUUUACGGCCCAUUUUGAUUAGCAAGGUAUGAAAGGAGAAAACUGCUCA